GAAUGCCGAUACGAGUGAAGUAUCGAUACUUGAUCCGCAGGCUAAGGCGCGAUGUGUCUGCGCUUCUGGUUCCGAUCGGGGAUCAGGCUCAGGCUCAGGGAGUAGUGACAGCCGACCGCCGACCAGUCCCGGCCACGGUGUCAGUGUGCCUCCGUCCGCCGUGCCCUUCUCUGACGCCCGGGCCUUGCUCGCGCUUCACGUCCGAAGGCCAACGCAAAACGCCCGCGCCUCGUCCCCUCUACAUUGACGUUUCGCCCGUGCCGUCACCGGGCGACCUCUUCGCCGAUCUCCGACCCUCGGCCCGUUCGCGUACAGUCUGCCCAGAAAAUCGCCUCUCCACGGCCAGUCUUUUAAACGUAAUUUCACUGGAGGGUGCGAAAUGACAACCGAGGAGAGAUUCAACGCGGCCGUCAGCGUGAUACGGAACCUUCCGAAAAAUGGUUCUUUUAUGCCAUCAAAUGACUUGAUGCUUACAUUUUACGCCUAUUUCAAACAGGCGACAGAAGGCUGGGAAAAUAGAGGAUUGUGCCCUCCAUUUUGGGAUGUUGUCAGAAGGGCCAAAUGGGAUGCUUGGAACAAGCUUGGCAAAAUGCCUAAAGAAGAAGCUAUGAACAAAUAUGUUGAGCAGCUUAACAAGAUUGUCGAGACUAUGGCAUUGACAGACAAUGUGGCCAAUUUCCUUACAAGCGUAAGCACAUACUCCGGCAAUGUUGAGGAUAUUGAAAUGUCCAUCGGCCCUACUUUGAGGAAAGUCAGGUCACAACCAGGUUCACCGUUUGUUUCACACGAUACAUCUCCAAAUCGGGAAGUAGCAUCUAAUCCAUCGAGUCAGUCUUCACCACAACACUUGUCACAACCUGUAGAUGUAGACGACGAUGACGAAGACUUCCUCGAUUCUGUGGAGGAGAAUGCAGAUGUAUUCGAUUCAUCUAAAUACCAUAAGAAAAAAGAAGCAUCUCAGAACCAUCAUGAGUUGAUGAAUGGAACUGUCAAACCUCACAAAACUAAAUUACAAAAUGGGAACAACUCCCAGACCGCACCAUUAUCACAAAAAGAUUCAGUCAAUGAAAUUCUGCAAAGAGCGAUUGAAUCAUUACGGCGUGACCUAUCGCUUGCCAAUGCAAAAGUAAAAGAGCUGGAAGAUCGGCAGGUCAUCAUGGCAAAACGCAGUUCAUGUCUCAGCUUGUGGAACAUGCGUAGAGAGACAGCUGUCUUUAUAGUGUUAUGGCCAUUUUUUGUCUUUUUCAUACUCAACCGAUUGACCAGGAAAAAGCAAUAGCACGACAAGACCAUGUAAAGGAGAAGAAAAUGAAAAGCUAUCUCAAAAAUAAGCAAUUCAAUUUUUAAUCAGAGGAAUACAUUUUAUUGAACUGAUGUAAAUAAUCAUCAUUUAUUCGAUGAAUAUUAAAAUAUAUAAUUUUACCAAAUAUACUGUUUGUGGGCCUUAAGUACGAAUUAGAAAGUAUAAAAAUAUGUAAUUAAAAAUCAAGAUUAUCUUUGAGAUGUUUUGUGAUAAUAAAAUUGUUAUUUUGUUUGGA